UGGAAAAUCAUGUGGUUCCUUGUCACAUGACGGUAAACAGGAACUGAAACAAUAAAAUGAUUUAGCAAAUGAGUUCUACAUAACCGAAAGCAGAUUUUAGCGGAGUGUGCAGAAAUAUAAUAACGCAGAAAGCCUUUUCCUGGAUCUUCCGCCAUGGUGGAUUUCCUAGCAGAGAACAACUUGUGCGGCCAAGCCGUUCUCAGGAUUGUAUCUCGAGGAAACGCAAUCAUCGCGGAGCUCCUUCGAUUGUCUGAGUUCAUCCCUGCAGUCUUUAGACUCAAGGACAAGAGUGAUCAGCAAAAAUAUGGAGACAUCAUAUGUGAUUUCAGCUACUUCAAGGGCCCUGAGUACUAUGAGGGUAAGCUGGAGGCCAAACCAGAGCUUCAGGAUCUGGAUGAAGAAUUCCGUGAGAACAACAUCGAGAUACUCUCAAGAUUUUACCUGGCUUUUGAAAGCGUCCACAAGUACAUUGUGGAUCUAAUCAGGUACUUGGACGAUCUGCACGAAGGUGUUUACAUCCAGCAGACCCUGGAAACUGUGCUGAUGAAUGAAGAUGGAAAACAACUUCUGUGUGAGGCCCUGUAUCUCUAUGGAGUCAUGUUGCUGGUCAUUGACCAGAAGAUUGAAGGUGAAGUCAGGGAGAGGAUGCUGGUGUCCUAUUAUAGAUACAGUGCUGCUCGUUCCUCUGCAGACUCCAAUCUGGAUGACAUCUGUAAGCUCUUGCGCAGCACAGGCUACUCUAGCCAGCCUGCGGCCAAGCGGCCAGCCAACUAUCCCGAGGGCUACUUCCAAAGAGUCCCUAUCGGCUCCACGUUUAUCAGCAUGGUGAUUGGGAGGCUUCGCUCAGAUGACAUCUACAACCAGGUUUCUGCAUACCCGCUGCCUGAGCACCGUAGCACAGCACUGGCUAACCAGGCAGCCAUGCUGUAUGUCUGCCUGUACUUCACUCCCUCCAUACUACACACUCAGCAGGCUAAGAUGAGAGAGAUAGUGGACAAGUACUUCCCCGAUAACUGGGUCAUUAGCAUCUACAUGGGAAUCUCAGUGAAUUUGGUAGAAGCAUGGGAACCUUACAAAGCUGCCAAGACUGCCCUCAACUACACCCUGGACUCAGCCAACAUUAGAGAGCAGGCAUAUCGCUAUGCAGCCAGCCUGGAAGGUCUGAAGCUCCAGAUGCAGCAGCUGCUGAAGGAGGGAUUCCUGAGGGAGGAGAUCGUCCUGGACAACAUCCCCAAACUCCUCAACUGCCUGAGGGACUGCAACGUCGCCAUCCGCUGGCUCAUGCUCCACACUGCAGAGUCUGCCUAUGACCUGAACAACAAGCGCAUGCGCCAGAUCAAAGACCAGGUGAUCAACGAUUCCAAGUACAACCCCAAGAUCCUCUUCCAGCUUCUGCUGGACACAGCCCAGUUUGAGUUCACCCUGAAAGAGAUGUUCAAACAGAUGCUGACUGAGAAGCAGAUAAAGUGGGAAAGCUACAAGACUGAAGGUUCUGAGAGGAUGACAGAGCUGGCAGAGGUUUUCUCUGGAGUGAAGCCCCUUACCCGGGUAGAGAAAAAUGAGAACCUCCAGGCAUGGUUCAGAGAAAUUUCAAAGCAGAUAGAGUCUCUGAACUAUGAAGACUCCACUGCUGCAGGGAGGAAGACGGUACAGCUCAUCCAGGCCCUGGUCGAAGUCCAGGAGUUCCACCAGCUUGAGUCCAACCUGCAGGUGUGCCAGUUCCUGGCUGACACCAGGAAGUUCCUGCACCAGAUGAUUCGCACCAUCAACAUCAAGGAAGAGGUCCUGAUCACCAUGCAGAUAGUAGGAGACCUGUCCUAUGCCUGGCAGAUCAUAGACAGCUUCACAUCCAUCAUGCAGGAGAGCAUCCGAGUGAACCCCUCCAUGGUGACUAAGCUGAGAGACACAUUUCUAAAGUUGGCAUCUGCCUUGGACCUGCCCCUGCUGCGCAUCAACCAGGCCAACAGCCCUGAUCUCCUCAGUGUCUCCCAAUUCUACUCUGGGGAGCUUGUGGCCUACGUCAGAAAGGUGCUGCAGAUCAUCCCAGAGAGCAUGUUCACCUCCCUGGCCAAGAUUAUUAAACUGCAGAUUCAUGAUAUUAUGGAGGUUCCUACUCGUCUGGACAAGGACAAGCUAAAGGACUAUUCUCAACUAGGAGCUCGCUAUGAGGUGGCCAAGCUUACCCACGCCAUCUCAAUAUUUACAGAAGGGAUUCUGAUGAUGAAGACCACACUGGUUGGGAUUAUCAAGGUGGAUCCCAAGCAGCUCCUAGAAGAUGGCAUCAGGAAAGAGCUGGUGAGGAGAGUUGCCUACGCUCUGCACAAAGGCCUCAUUUUCAACCCUAAAGCCAAGCCCAGUGAGCUGAUGCCCAAGUUGAAGGAAAUGGCUGCCACCAUGGAUGGCUUCUACCGCUCCUUUGAGUACAUUCAGGAUUAUGUCAGUAUCUAUGGGCUGAAAAUCUGGCAGGAGGAGGUAUCUCGUAUCAUUAACUACAAUGUGGAGCAGGAGUGCAACAGCUUUCUCAGAGCCAAGAUCCAGGACUGGCAGAGCGUGUACCAGUCAACUCACAUCCCCAUACCCAAGUUCCCCUCUGUUGACGAGUCAGCCACUUUUAUAGGUCGGCUCUGCCGGGAGAUCCUGCGGAUCACUGAUCCCAGAGUGACCUGCUACAUUGACCAGAUGAACACGUGGUACGACAUAAAGACUCACCUGGAGGUGACCAACAACAGUCUCUUCUCAGAGAUCCAGGACACCUUGGGAACCUUUGGACUCAAUGGCCUCGACAGACUCCUCUGCUUCAUGAUUGUGAAGGAACUACAGAAUUUCCUGACAAUGCUACAGAAAACCAUUUUAAGAGACAAGGCGGUGGUUGACGUCUUUAAAUCCAUGUUGAGUGCCGUCAACCCAGUUAAAGGCAUUGUUGCAAAUGCUAGUAAAGUCUAUGCUAGUGCUGUGGCCAAAACACAGAAGAUCUGGGGCUCUUACCUGGAGGCCAUCGUGAAGGUGGGCCAGAUGCAGAUCCUCAGGCAGCAGAUUGCCAACGAGCUGAAUUACUCUUGCAAGUUUGAUUCCAAACACCUCGCUGCAGCUCUGGAGAACCUCAACAAGUCUCUGCUGGCAGACAUUGAGGCCCACUACCAGGACCCAUCACUUCCUUACCCCAAGGAGGACAACACUCUGUUGUACGAGAUCACAGCAUAUCUGGAGGCUGCUGGCAUACAUAAUCCACUCAACAAGAUCUACAUUACCACCAAGCGCCUGCCUUAUUUUCCAAUCGUGAACUUCCUCUUCAUAAUUGCUCAGCUGCCCAAACUGCAGUAUAGCAAAAACCAAGGGAUGACAUGCAGGAAAGCCACAGACCCUAUUGACUGGCCACCACUGGUGCUUGGUCUGCUCACCCUUCUCAAGCAGUUUCACUCCAGAUACACUGAGCAAUUCUUAGCUCUUAUUGGUCAAUUUAUUCGAUCCAUAAUGGAACAGUGCACCAGUCAGAGAAUCCCAGACAUGCCAUCUGAUGUGGUUGGAGCAUUGAUGUUCCUAGAAGAUUAUGUUCGGUACACUAAACUUCCCCGCAAGGUGGCAGAAGCUCAUGUGCCCAGUUUCAUCUUUGAUGAGUUCAGGACGGUCCUGUGAAAAUCUGGAUGAAGAUCUUUUCAGUCUAAUUUCUGUUGUAAAUUUUUUUUACUUGAGGCCUCAUUUGACCAACAAUGUAUCACUAAUGCAAUAAUGAAGUUGUAAAGUAGAUUAACAUUUUAAAUAACCAACAUUGUUUUGCCAACUUUGUGAUGUAAAUGUGCCAUUGUCUAAUGAGAUUAUACAUCUUUUAACAAAUCA